CUAUAUAGACCUACCUGCCCCUGCUCAUCCCACAGCACACGCAGCUAGCUUCAUCCGACCUCAGCGGAUCACACAGCCCAAGCAGGAUGAAGCUUUCGGUUGUGCUCCUCGUCUGCCUUCUAGUCCUGGGUGCUGACGGUCAAGGCUGGUUGUCAUUCAUGAGGGAAGCUGGUCAAGGGACUAGAGACAUGUGGCGAGCCUACUCUGACAUGAGAGAAGCCAAUUUCAAGAAUUCGGACAAAUACUUCCACGCACGGGGGAACUACGAUGCUGCCCGAAGGGGACCUGGAGGUGCCUGGGCUGCUAAAGUGAUCAGUGAUACCAGGGAAGGUAUUCAGGGUUUCCUGGGCCAUGGAGCAGAGGACACAGCCGCUGACCAGUUUGCCAAUAGAUGGGGCAGGAGUGGCAAAGACCCCAACCACUUCCGACCUCAAGGUCUGCCUAGAAAGUACUGAACUUCCUCCUCACUCUGCUUUCAAGAAAAUCCAGCUCAGAACCCUUGAGGGCUGGGACAUUUGCUCAACUAAUUACUACAUUCAGUGUGCUUAAUAAUUACCAUUGAACAGAUGAAAAUAUUUAAUAAAUGCUUGUGAAUUCCAA